AUGGAGAGGGUCCGGUCAGAGCCGCCGCCGCCUCGGCCGCGCCAACCGCCACGGGCCACCCCGCGGCGCCCCGGUCCGCCCCCGCCGCCGGUCGAGGGCACCUGCUUUCACACGGCGGCCGCCGAGCCUCCGUCGUCGUCGUCGCCGCCGCCACCUGCCCCGUGCGCGGCCGCCAUGACGACGGUGGCCCCGUCGGGCGGGGAAGGCCCGACGUCGGGCGUCCAGCCCGUGACCCGGCGGCUGCUGCAGAUGAAACCGGAACAGGUGCUGCUGCUGCCGUCGGGGCCGCUCUUGUCUCCGGUCCCGGACGACGGCCUGGUGGCCUCGUCUGCGCAGGCGCGGUUGCUGCAGCUGGGUCCCGAGCUGCUGCUGUUGCCGCCGCCGCCGCCGCCCCUCCUGCCCGAGGGCGCCCCCUGCAGGCCGGACUCCCGCCCCGGGCCGCCCCGGGGGGCGCUGCAGGUCAAAGCCGAGCUGCCCGAGCCGGGGCCCGGCGGCCUGGACCUGGCGGCGGCGCUGGGACCCCGGAGGGUCAUCGAGACGGGCGGCGGCGCUAGAGCGGCCAGGGCGGCCGCCCGCAUGGACCACGCCGGGCUGGCGCUCGACGGCCGCCGCGCCGACGAGAAGGCGGCGGAGGAGGCCCUGCGGGACGCGGCGACGGGCGGCGACGGCGGCCGGGCGCUGGUGGCCAUCGGGGAGGGCAUCGUCAAGACGGAGGAGCCCGACCGGCUCCACGAGGACUUCCGGCUGGGCCCCGACGCCCUGGCCAAUGGCCUGAUGCACGGCGGGGGCAAGGAGGUCAUCCUGGCGCCGCCGCCGCCGCCCCCGGGCGCCUUCGCGCCGCCGCCGCCGCCGCCGCCGCCGCUGCAGCCCCAGCCGCCCCCGGCCCAGCCGGACCUCCGGCUCCCGCUGACGCUGCACGCGGUGCCCCCCGGGGCCCGCCUCCAGUUCCAGGCGCCCCCGCCCUCCGAGCUGAUCCGGCUGACCAAGGUCCCCCUCACGCCGGUGCCCAUCAAGAUGCAGUCCCUGCUGGAGCCGUCGGUCAAAAUCGAAACCAAGGACGUCCCGCUCACCGUGCUCCCCUCGGACGCAGGAAUACCAGAUACUCCCUUCAGUAAGGACAGAAAUGGCCAUGUGAAGCGACCCAUGAAUGCAUUCAUGGUUUGGGCAAGAAUCCACCGGCCAGCACUAGCCAAAGCCAACCCAGCCGCCAACAACGCAGAAAUCAGUGUCCAGCUCGGGUUAGAGUGGAACAAACUUAGCGAAGAACAAAAGAAACCUUACUAUGACGAAGCGCAAAAGAUUAAAGAAAAGCACAGAGAGGAAUUUCCUGGUUGGGUUUAUCAGCCUCGUCCAGGGAAGCGAAAACGCUUCCCUCUAAGCGUUUCUAACGUAUUUUCUGGUACCACACAGAAUAUUAUCUCAACAAAUCCUACAACAAUUUAUCCUUAUCGGUCACCUACCUAUUCUGUGGUAAUUCCCAGCCUACAGAACACCAUCCCUCAUCCAGUUGGCGAACCCCCCCCUGCCAUCCAGCUGCCCACGCCUGCCGUCCAGCGCCCCAGCCCCAUCACGCUUUUCCAGCCCAGCGUCUCCAGCACUGCGCAGGUGGCUGUCCAGGCUCCGAGUCUGCCGCUCCGCCCAGCGCUGCCCCCUCCGCGCUUUGCUGGGCCUUCCCAAACCGACGGCCACCGGCUGCCCUCUGGAGCCAGCCACUCUAUCAAGAGACCCACCCCGGUGUCCCUGGACACCACCCACAGGGUUCCGACCAGCGCCAGCCCUGCCCACGCCAGAUUCGCACCCUCCACCAUCCAGCCUCCCAAGGAGUAUUCCGGCGUGGCCACUUGCCCCAGGAGUGCCCCGAUUCCCCAGGCACCUUCCAUCCCACACACCCACGUCUACCAGCCCACCCCCCUCGGCCAUCCCGCCACGCUGUUGGGAACACCGCCGCGGUUCUCCUUCCAUCACCCCUACUUCCUCCCCGGACCUCACUACUUCCCAUCAAGCACGUGCCCUUACAGUCGGCCUCCCUUCGGCUACGGGAAUUUCCCAAGCUCGAUGCCGGAAUGCCUUGGUUAUUACGAAGACAGGUACCAAAAACACGAGGCUAUGUUUUCAGCUUUGAAUAGAGACUAUCCUUUCAGAGACUACCCCGACGAGCGCGCCCACAGCGAGGACUCCCGGGGCUGUGAGAGCGUGGACGGGACCGCGUACUAUAACAGCCACGGCCACUGCGGGGACGGCUACCUGAGCCCCGUGCCCCAGCUGGACAUGGGCGCCCUGGACAAUGUCUUCCCAGCCCCCACCUCGACCCCCUCCAGCAUCCAGCAAGUCAACGUCACUGACAGUGACGAGGAGGAAGAAGAAAAAGUGCUCCGCAAUUUAUAA